AUGGCAAAAUGGGGAGCCACGCUCGGAGCAUUUAAUGUCAAGUACAUGCCCCGAACAGCCAUGAAGGGCCAAGUUUUGGCGGAUUUAGUGGCGAAAUUUACCGAGGAAUUGGGAAACUCAGAGGAAAGGGUAAACCCUGAAGAGACAGUACAUGUGGAGAUUGUUGUAGUUCAUCGCACCUGGCAACUAUUUGUGGAUGAUGCAACCAACCAAAAGGGAUCAGGAAUAGGAAUCGUGAUGAUUUCACCAAAUGGGAUUACUUUGGAGAAGUCAUUCAGGCUCGGUUUUUUGGCAACAAAUAAUGAGGCGGAGUAUGAGGCUUUAUUAGUAGGAUUAAUUGUUGUGCAAAAACUUGGGGGUAAGACUUUAAGAGCAUAUUGUGAUUCAAGGCUCAUGGUUGGACAAGUCCAAGGUGAGUACGAGGUGAAGGACCCGAGGAUGCUUUGGUACUUAAAUCGAGUUAAGCUAUUGUUGAGGUACUUUCAUUCCUUUACGCUUAAGCAAGUCCCUCAAGGCAUGAACUCCCAUGCUGAUUUGUUUGCAACUCUGGCUACGGUUAGUAGGGAGGACCUGCCUCGAAUUGUACUCAUUGAGAGUUAUGUGUCGCCUGCUUAUGAUGAGCUGCCUCCAGUAGGAGUUAAUUUUACAAGGAUUGGCUCCAUUUGGCAAGACCCAUUGGUUGUGUUCCUAAAAGAUGGGAUUCUACCUGAGGACAAGGUUGAGGCGGAGAAGGUUCAUAGAAAAGAACCAAGAUUUUGGCUUUCUGAAGACCAAAAACUAUACAAACGCUCAUACUUGGGACCAUACUUGUUAUGUGUUCAUCCCAAAGCAGUGGAUAUGUUGCUGGAAGAACUACACAAGGGAAUUUAUGGUAGCCAUACGAGGGGCAGGUCACUUGCUCACAGAGCUUUGACGCAAAGAUAUUGGUGGUCGAGUAUGCAAAAAAGCUCACAAGAUUAUGUUAAGAAAUGUGACCAAUGUCAAAGAGCCACAGGGAAUCGCAAGUAUCUCCUUGUUGCUACUGACUAUUUCACUAAAUGGGUGGAAGCUGAACCACUGGCAAACAUCCGAGAUCAAGACAUGAAAAGGCAAGCAGAGGCCACAAAUAAAGUUAUUGUGGAUGGUUUGAAGAAGAGAUUGGAAGAAGUAAAGGAAAAGUGGGUGGACGAGCUACCUCAUGUUCUAUGGACCUACCGCACGAUGCCUAGAAGAUCUACAGGUGAGACCCCAUUUUCCAUGACCUAUGGAUCCGAAGUGGUUAUUCCUACAAAAACAGGAUUCCCAACUCCAAGGUUCAACCAAUCCCUUGGUGACGGCAACAAGCAAUUCCUACCCAUAGCCUCGAUUUGA